AUGAACAUGAGUGAUGCAACCGCCGUGCCCGGAGCGGGGCCGGAGGGGCCGCCGAGAAGCCGCGCCGCCGCGCCGGGGCUGUUGGAGUGCCGUCGCUGCCGGUACCUGCGCACGGCCAGGGCCUGCUGCCAGAUGGUGGGAGCGCUACUCGCCGCGCUGAUCCUGGUCUGCAGCUCCGUCUCCUACGGCUCCUCGGGAGGCUACACGGGCCUUCCCAGCCUGGGGGGCAUUUACUACUACCAGUACGGCGGGGCUUACAGUGGCUUUAGCGGAGCAGACGGGGAGAAAGCCCAGCAGCUUGACCAGCGUUUCUACCUACUAAAGCUGCCAAUUGCGAGGGCAGCAAUGGCCGUGGGAGGGUGUCUCCUGGUCUUGUCUUGCGUUCUUAUUGUGGUUGGUGUUCUACGGUUACCAUGGCAUUUCCCAGCAUGGCUCCUACUUGAAUGUGUCCUGGACACAGUGAUUGCAAUUGGCAUGGUGCCUGCUCUGUACUAUUUCUUCCAUUUUCUGCUGGAGGCUUAUAAUUCAUCAGUGUGCAAAGAGAGAGAGCAGCUUUAUCAAAGCAAAGGCUAUCAGGGCUUCAGCUGCAGCCUGCAUGGGGCGGAGAUUGCUGCUGGCCUCUCGGGCUGCGCAGCUGUCAUGGCAUACCUGCUUAGCGCAGGCCUAGCUGCCAGAGGGUACAGAACAGUCCACAGACUGAAACAGAAGCCAGUACAAUUACAUGCGCAUUAG